UAUACAUUUCAAGGCCACGAGAUUAUUUUAUUGCAAGAAGUUCUAUAAAAUCAAAAAAUUAAAUACAUUUCUUUCUAGUUUUGUGUUCCCUUCCCCACCUGCAACUUUCUCAUUUUGACAAAUUGGUUUUUUCUACUUUGUUUGGUGAGUUGUAUCUCUGUUUGAAGUUCUAUAAUCAACCCUAAUUUGCUUCCUCUAUGUUUAAUGUACAGAUUUUGAAGCAUGAUUGGCCAGCAAGAUGGAAAAGCUUUAUUCCUGAUCUUGUUUCAGCUGCUAAAACUAGUGAAACAAUUUGUGAGAAUUGCAUGGCUAUAUUGAAGCUUCUAAGUGAAGAGGUGUUUGAUUUCUCAAGAGGAGAGAUGACUCAAAGUAAGAUAAAGGAGCUUAAACAAUCAUUGAACAGUGAAUUUCAACUCAUUCAUGAGCUAUGCUUAUAUGUACUAUCAGCCUCUCAAAGAACUGAGCUUAUACGUGCAACACUCUCCUCAUUGCACGCAUUUCUCUCAUGGAUUCCCCUGUGA